CAGCCCCGCCUCCCACCUUCCGGUCUUCUCAGAAGUCGCUUGGCUCUUCGCUGGUUGUCACCCGUCUGGAGGCCUAGCCGUCGCGUACCUAGGAUGCCGCGUGGAAGCCGAAGCCGCACCUCCCGCAUGGCCCCUCCGGCCAGCCGGGCCCCUCAGAUGAGAGCUACACCCAGGCCAGCACCAGUCGCUCAGCCACCAGCAGCGGCACCCCCAUCUGCAGUUGGCUCUUCUGCUGCUGUGCCCCGGCAGCCUGGUCUGAUGGCCCAAAUGGCAACCACUGCAGCUGGCGUGGCUGUGGGCUCUGCUGUGGGGCACACAUUGGGUCACGCUAUUAGGGGCUUCAGUGGAGGAAGUAAUGCUGAGCCUGCGAGACCUGACAUCACUUACCAGAGGAUGGAUACUCUUCAUUGUCUAGGCAUAGGUAUGAUUUUCUUUCUCAGCAAUGUUGAAUGUUUCGCCUUCGCAGGAGCCUCAGGAACCCAGCCAGCACAGCAGCAGCAGCCUUGCUUCUAUGAGAUCAAACAGUUUCUGGAGUGUGCCCAGAACCAGGGUGACAUCAAGCUCUGUGAGGGUUUCAAUGAGGUGCUGAAACAGUGCCGACUUGCAAACGGAUUGGCCUAAUGAAGAAGUUCAACCUGGAGAGAUGGAAAAUCAGCUCUCAUAACUAAGUUAAUUUAGUAUAAAAAUAGAAUUGAUAGUGAGGGUAUAAAGUGUAACCAUCAGUUAAACCUCUCCUGUCAUUCCUAGCUUCCUUGCUUCAGAAUUGAAAUGGAAUGGGGGGUGUCCCUACUCUGUAGAAUCUGGGACUGGGCAAAUGUUUGUGUGGCUCCUUAAACUAGCUGUUAUGAUUUUAUUCUUUGUGAGUUAAUUAGAAUAAAGUCAUUUUCUUCCAAGA